ACACCAUGAAGCUGUCCCUGUGUGCCCUGCUGGUCGCUCUGGCCCUUUGCUGCUACCAGGCUGACGCAGCCAUAAUUUGCCCAGCCCUUGCGGGAGAAUUGACUGCAUUUGUUACCGGCACAGCAGAUGUCUAUAGACUAUACAUUGCUCAAUUUAAUGCCCCUGAGGCUGUUGUGGAGGACAAGAUGCGUCCGAAGGUCUGCCUCGAUGAAUCCGUGCCCGCUGAAGGGAGAGCACUAAUUGGAAAAUUUUUGCAUAACUGA